CCCCCGCUUUACCCUCACUUUACACCCCGCACUUUAUCACUUCAGUAAACGGAAGGUAUAGAGACGGCGACUAAAAUAAAAGGAAAGAAAGAAAAACAGCUGAAUAAAACAUCAGAUUUGGUGAUGGUGUCUGGUGCGCGUGAGCGGCUGCGGUCCUGAGGUGACCCUGCCCCUUUGAGCCAGUACACAGGACUAUGAGGGUGGCAUCAAUCUCCACUCUACAGAGCUUUAACCUGGGCAGAUAGGACCAAAGAAGACAACAUGAGGACUUUGACGGCGUUCCUGUUAUGGGCGUGGGCUGCCCACAGUGCGUACGCUAUGACGCUUUUAAGAGGAAAGGAAGUAUCACGCCAAGAGAGGAACAUGGAGACUCUGAAGCGCUCCAAAAGAGGAUGGAUGUGGAAGCAGUUCUUUCUGCAGGAGGAGUACACCGGCACUGAUAAUCAGUACAUCGGCAAGCUGCACUCCGAUAUGGAUCGAGGAGACGGCACGGUGAUGUAUGUCCUGACGGGCGAAGGUGCCGGGACCAUCUUCGUGAUAGACGCAAACUCGGGCGAUCUGCAUGCCACACGACGCCUGGACCGAGAAGAGAAGCCGUCCUACAUGCUCCGAGCUCAGGCUGUCAACAAGAAGAACGGCCUGCCCUUAGAACCUGAGACCGAGUUCAUCGUCAAACUCCACGACAUCAACGACAACGAGCCCAAGUUUGAGAAGGAGGUUUACACGGCUAGCAUCCCGGAGAGGUCAUACGUCGGAACUUCGGUUAUUCAGGUGAAGGCCCAUGACGCAGACGACGAGAUGUUCGGCAUGAGCGCAAAACUAGUCUACAGCAUCAGCCAUGGUCACCCGUACUUCUCCGUCGAGUCAAACACAGGCAUAAUCCGGACAGCUUUAGGGCCCUCGGACAUGGACAGAGAGCAGAGGGAGCAUUACCAGGUAGUGAUCGAAGCCAAGGACAUGGCAGGCCAGAGAGGCGGCUUAACAGGCUCCACUACAGUCAACAUCACGCUGACUGAUGUGAACGACAAUCCUCCUCAGUUUGCACAGAGUGCGUAUCAGUUCAGCGUUCCCGAGCUGAGCAAGCUUGGCGCCGUAGUGGGUCAGGUUCAAGCCUUGGACGCCGACAUCGGGCCUAAUGCCGAGAUGGACUUCACGGUGGUGGGCGGAGACGGCCUGGACGUUUUCUCCAUAACAGCGAACAAAACCACCCAGAAUGGCAUCCUCAGUGUCAGAAAGCCUCUCGAUUACGAGAAAAAGAAAUCGUACUCGCUGCAGGUGCAGGUGCGCAACACACACCCGGACCCACGCUUCGUCAGCGUGGACGCUAAAGACCUGGCUACGGUGCAGAUAACCGUGGAGGACGUGGACGAGCCUCCAAGGUUCGAACGUCCCAGUUACGUGAUGGAGGUGAAAGAGGACGCGGCUGUGGGCACUGUCAUCGGGUCGGUCAGCGCCGUGGAUCAGGAUGCGCGCCGCAGCCCAGUCAAGUACACAAUUGAUCGGCACACAAACGCGGACCGGAUAUUUAACGUGCACGCCGGGAAUGGGUCUAUAUUCCUGCAGAAGCCUCUUGACCGAGAAGACCUUGCGUGGCACAAUAUUUCUGUGAUUGCAACCGAGUUCAAUAACCACCAGCAGAUGAGUCAAGUGCUUGUCUACAUCCGUGUCCUGGAUGUGAACGAUAACCCGCCGGCGCUGGCCUCCUUCUACGAGAUCUUCGUGUGUGAAAACGCUAAAUCCGGUCAGAAAAUCCAAACGAUCACGGCGGUGGAUCAGGACGAGCCGUCAGGCGGCCACCACUUCUCCUUCUCGCUGGCACCGGAGAGCUCGGUGAAGGCCAACUUCUCAGUGCGAGACAACGGAGACAACACUGCCGGUAUCUACACACGACGAUCAGGUUUCCGGCAGGCGCAGCAAAACACGCACCUGGUUGCCGUGCUGAUUACAGACGGCGAUAUCCCCAUGAUGAGCAGCACAGGUACGCUGACGGUGCGCGUGUGUACCUGCGACCGAAACGGAAACAUGGAGAUGUGUAACGCCGAGGCUCUGAGCGGCACGGCCGGACUCAGCACCGGAGCGCUGGUGGCUAUUCUACUCUGCGUACUCAUCCUGCUCUUGAUCGUCGUGCUGUUUGCUGCUCUGAAGCGCCAGAAGAAGAAAGAACCCCUGAUCAUCUCCAAAGAGGACGUCAGGGACAACGUGGUGAGCUAUAACGACGAGGGCGGCGGCGAGGAGGACACUCAGGCAUUUGACAUUGGAGCUCUGCGCCACCCGGAGGUCAUUGAGGAAAGCAGCAAACUGAGACGCGACGUCGUGCCAUCUGACCCACAGUACCCGCCACCUCCUCUGCGCCGGACAGCCGUGACAUCCCGAGACAACUCAGACGUAAGGAACUUCAUCACGCAGCGCGUCCAGGAGCACGACAGCAGCCCCACAGCACCGCCCUACGACUCUCUAGCCACCUACGCCUACGAGGGCGAAGGCUCGGUCGCCGAUUCGCUCAGCUCGCUCGGCUCGGGAUCGUCCGAAUCACCGCACGACUACAGCUACCUGAACGAGUGGGGGCCGCGCUUCAGAAAGCUAGCUGAUAUGUACGGGGCCGAAGAGAGCGAAUGGGACUCCUAACACGUCUCAGCUUCCUUAAAGUGGAAUUCUUACAAAGCGUUGUGUUUCUUACAAAGUGGAAUUCUUACAAAGUGCCCUUCUCCUUUGUCCCAACUCGAUCCAGCAGACAGGAAGACGUCUCACGGAUGCUGAUUUCCUGCACAGCUUUAAAACAUGGAGUCGUGACGUACGGUAACUUGUUGACUUACGCAGCUCUUUGGAAUGAAGGUUGUCACGGCGAGGCAUAUUAUUCGGAUAAUCCCACGUGAAAACUGACAUUACUGAAAUAGGAAGGGCGUGGAAUACGGAUCGUUUCUGGACUCCUUCCUGAGAAACAUCUCAGUGCGAAAAGCCAACAGGGUUACGAAGGACCAAACUUUCAAACGACGUGUCUGCGGAGCGUGAAGCUAAAAUGGAAAAACGGCAGCUCACACUCCACUCCAGCGUCAUCUACAUCAGCAGGCGUUAACGAUCCGGAGCUCUGAUUAGCUGGGCAUCCAUUUUCUGUAUACUUUUUAUUUUUUAUUUUUCAGUAUUACUUUUGAUGUGUGUACAUCUGUCAGUACUUUCCAAGCAGAAACGGUGCUUCAGAAAUUUGGGUCAGGUAAAAGGUGUUUUCAUGAUUGGCACCCGUUUUCAUCAUCUCCUGGAGAAAAUGCCAGAAGCUUCCAAUUAUCUACUCGCUCAUAGGCAGGAAAAUGUGACUUGCGUUUUGGCACACAUCUCAACUCCAUCCCACCAUCUUACAUUCCUUUACACGAGGAGCCUAUUUACAAAAAUCACCUCGUGCUAAACAAAAAAUUACAUGCGUUCAUUUCCAAGAGUUUUAUUUUUUAAGAAGAAAAUUGGCAAAUAUCAAUCUGUCCUUUUUCAAACAUUCGAAUCGAUGAGUAUUACUCACGCCUGUGCUAUGCGUGCUAAUAACCACAUCCCUGUACUGUUCCUCUCCUCUUCUGUGCUGUUUUUGUUAGUAAUAUUAAAAAAAAAAAAAAAACCCGAUGAUUCAUCCCCUCUAUGAAUGAUAAUCGCAGCGGUCCGAUGUUGAGUUAUGACUGGGAUGUUAAAAUAAAUCACCACCCUUAUAUUUUUGCCCUCUGCGCCAGCAACAAAAAUGAGUCUGGAAUUGCAUUCGCUGCCUCCGUUAUCGAGGGGAUGAAAAGAGGUUAUUUUUUAAAGAAUAUACAUAUGAUUGUAGUCAGCUUCCAAGCAGCGGGUAAAUAUUUGUGGUUUAGGUGCGCAGAGUUCACCUGCAAUAUUCCCGUGCUUUGUCAGUGAUAUACUGUAAAAUAAAGGUGAUGCUAACUCAUGUUGUUGAAAAAAAAAAUGUGGUUUUAUGAAACAGUGCAUCGUCGCAGUGUUUUUCCGGAAGAGUAGAUGAUGUCCAUGUACUACUUUGCUUUGUGAUAUUUUGUACCAAAUAUUUAUAUUACAUAACACGACUAAAUAUUCUUGAAAGACGUACACCCGACCCAACCUUGCUGUUUUAAAUGUGUUUUUGGAGGUGUGGAAACUCAAUGCAGUUCAUAUGAUGUACAGACUCCUCUUAUUACAAUAAAUGUUCUCUUUUACAGAAGAUAA